CCGUUGCCUAAAAACCUGUGGCUGCCGAGUGGGAAUCUGAGGAGCGGGGAGAAGUGGCCGGCCUGCUGGCGUUGGGUUCCCUGCCUCUGCCCCUACAAAUACCUUGCAGUGUGUGGGAAGAGGAUGCCAGACUGCAGCUGAUACCCGCCUGCUCUGUGCCGACUGUGCUGCCUUCAUCGUACCGUGCCCCCCUACAUCUGCCGGACCCUCACUGACUGCUGCCCCCGGCACUCACCACUUCAGCACCAAUGAUGCAGGCGCGUUACUCCGUGGCAGACCCCAAUGCUUUAGGGGUAGUGCCCUACCUGAGCGAACAGAACUACUACAGGGCUGCGGGCACCUAUGGCAGCAUGGCCACCCCUAUGAGCGUGUACCCGGCCCAUGAGCAGUACACUCCGGGCAUGGCAAGAUCCUAUGGGCCUUACCACCACCAUCAACCGGCAGCGCCCAAGGACCUGGUGAAGCCGCCUUACAGUUAUAUAGCCCUUAUCACCAUGGCCAUCCAGAACGCCCCCGACAAGAAGAUCACCCUAAAUGGGAUCUACCAGUUCAUCAUGGAUCGCUUCCCUUUCUACCGGGAGAAUAAGCAGGGCUGGCAGAACAGCAUCAGGCACAACCUGUCGCUCAAUGAGUGCUUUGUCAAGGUGCCCAGGGACGACAAGAAGCCAGGGAAGGGCAGCUACUGGACCCUGGACCCGGACUCGUACAACAUGUUUGAGAAUGGCAGUUUCCUCAGGAGGAGGAGGAGGUUCAAGAAGAAAGACGUGAGCCGGGAGAAGGAAGAUCGGAUCCUUAAGGAUCAGGGCAAAGUGCAAGGCCCCAUCCCCAGCCUGGAGCUGCCAAAGCACGACAAGAAGAUUGUCAUCAAGAGCGAGUCCCCCGAGCUGCCAGUCAUCACCAAAGUGGAGAACCUGAGCCCCGAUGGCGGCAGUGCCAUGCAGGACAGCCCCCGCAGUGUGGCCUCCACUCCCUCUGUCUCCACUGAGAACUCCAUCCCUGAUCAGCACCCGGCCAGCAAUGGCUUCAGUGUGGAGAAUAUCAUGACCCUUAGGACUUCUCCCCAUGGCGACCUGAGCCCGGUACCUGCUGUUCCCUGCCGGACUGGCAUGGUGCCCUCUCUGCCCAUUAACUACACCCAGACGCAGAGCUCUGUUUAUAGCCAGGCCUGCACCCAAAGUAUGGACACUAGUGGGAGCUACCAGUGUAGCAUGAGAGCUAUGAGUUUGUAUACAGGUGACAGACCGAGCCACAUGUGCGCUCCAUCUACCUUGGAGGAGGCCACCUCAGAUCAUCACAAUGGGACAGCUUCCCCUUUAAACUCCAUGAGCCUGGGUUCCGGCCAGGAGAGUGUGCUGACCUCUAGCCAUCAUCAGCAAACUGCCACUGGGGGACAGACUGCUGCACCCUGGUACCUCAAUCCCGGCGCAGACAUUAGUCACCUCUCUGGGCACAACUUUGGCUCCCAACAGCAGACUUUUCCCAACGUUAGAGAGAUGUUCAACUCUCACCGGCUUGGGAUUGAAAGCUCAGCCCUCAGUGAGCACCAGGUGAGCGGUAACACAAGCUGUCAGAUCCCUUAUAGAUCAGCGCCCUCCAUAUACCGCCACAGCAGCCCUUAUGCCUACGACUGCACUAAGUACUGACUGCUGGGGACUGCUUUACUGUGACUGCAACUAAUCACUCUGGGCUGCAAUGUGGAUUGGCUUACUGAGUAGCAUGGAAAAACUGACCAGCAAUGACAAUGGUAAAAACCAGAACAUAUAGAACUACAUAUAUAUGUGUGUGUGCGUGUAUAUAUAUAUAUGUAUUUAUAUGCAUAUAUAUAUAUGUGUACACACAAAGCUUUCACAAGUACAAUCUACUUGAAGUAUUUAGAGAGGAAUUUAGAGAACAAGUCAAGCUUGUCCUUGGUAAUAGGAUCUAGGAAAUAAAUUAUAUGGACCAACAUUGUAGCAACUAUCUUUGUACAGUUUUAUUGUUUCUAAGUUUUGUGUUAAGUCAUGGGAGUAUAUUAAAAUAUCUCAUUUUUUAUGUAUGUGGUGUGAAACAGGCGGAUAUACAGAUCCCUAUAUUAUAAUAUUUAAAGUUGAGUUCACUGGAUAAUUUUGUCGCCAGCAAAUUUCUUAUUGCGAAAUUGAAAGCAAUAUGACGUCAUUCCGUCUUGUGUCUAAAACGUCUAAAAAAAAGCAAAAAAAAAAAAAAA